AUGGCUGCAAGGACAGACUUUGAUGCCAACCCUGAAAUGGGUGAUGAAAAGCAGAACUCCGAUUCUCGGCUCGAGAGCACGACAGCAAUUGAUCCAGCUCUUGAGAAGGCUCUCGUGCGCAAACAAGAUGCGCGUAUCAUUCCCUUGGCAGCAGGAAUCUAUCUACUAUGCUACUUGGAUCGCUCCAACAUUGGCAAUGCCAAGGUUCUGAACCAUACUACUGGUCAUGAUCUUCUUUCCGAGACAAACAUGUCCAAUUAUGACUUUACCAUUGCGCUCAUGAUCUUCCUCAUCGCGUAUGCGCUCUUUGAAGUGCCAUCUAAUUAUUUCCUCAAGAAAAUGAAGCCUAGCAGAUGGAUUGCUUUUCUCAUGUUUGCUUGGGGAACCAUUACUAUUUGCCUUGGUGCUGCGCAUAGUUAUGCCGUGGUGACUGUUCUUCGCUUCCUGCUGGGUGUUUUUGAAGCUGGUCUCUUUCCCGGUCUUGUUUACUAUCUCACCUUCUGGUACAAGCCUGAAGAACGAUCAGUUCGAGUCGCCACCAUUCUUGCAUCGGCUACUCUAGCCGGAGCCUUCGGUGGUGCUAUCGCAUAUGGUGUCGGUCACAUGAACCAAGUCCAUGGACUUUCCGGCUGGCGAUGGCUGUUCAUUCUUGAAGGUAUUCCUUCCGUUCUAUCGUCAAUCAUGGUCUGGUUCUGUCUCCCUGACUUUCCUGAGUCGGCAAGCUGGCUCUCUGCCGAAGAGAAGGAUGCCGCAGCUUACCGAUUGGCGGAGCAAGGAUCUCAUGGUGAGAGCAAGUCUAUGACUUGGGAGGACGCCAAGUCUACCAUUUUUGAAUGGAGGCUUUGGUGCCAUUACUUGAUCUACUUUGGUAUUUCAGCUCCUUUCUCGAGUUUGUCAUUGUUCACACCAUCCAUUACAGCUGGUCUAGGAUUUGCAGAUCUCCGUGCUCAAUUGAUGACCGUGCCUCCUUAUGCCGCGGCCUAUGUUGUGACCCUGCUUGUUUCAUGGUCUGCAGACAAGUACAAUGCGCGCGCCAUCCAUUCUGCUGUCUUCUCCCUAAUUGGUGCUAUCGGCUUCAUCGCUUCUGCAACCCUUCCAGCCGACUCCUACAGCCCCCGUUAUGGCUGUCUCAUCAUCGCAGCCUGUGGCUCAUUCGCCUGUAUUCCACCUCUUCUGGGCUGGUUGUCAUCGAACCUGCACUCCACCGCUGCCAUCGGCUUAGCCAUUGCUCUCAACAUCUCGAUGGGUGCUCCAGGACAGAUCGUCGGUGUCUGGAUUUACAAGGCCAAUGAAGCCGCCAAGGGCUAUCCUACCGGCCACUGGGUCAACGCUGGUCUGCUUCUCUUCGUGAGCGUGGGCUGUAUUGCCAUGCACUUCUACUACGUUUGGAGGAACAGACGUGCUGCUGGCACAGAUCAGCCCCGAUUCAAGUACUGA